AGCAGCGUGCAGCACUCAGAUCACCGAGCUUCACAAUCCGAAAGUCAAUUCACGUGCUUGCGGCGCUAGUUUGCAUGUUGCUUCUCCCGAGCACGGAGUUUUGCACAUAGGCGAUUAUGCAAAGCUUCAUCUUGCGUAGGGCCACAUUAGCCCUCUGGGCUCGGAUCAGGCAUCACGAAGGCCGUCUCGAUCGCCACGCAACGUGCGCAGUCGCAGCGCCGACGUCGAUUGCCUGAAAAAGUACAUGGAGCGCAAAGUGGAGGUGCGCCGUCAUACCGAGGCCGGUGAGAUAACCCGUUGGUUACCCUUCCCUAAGAGCCACGUGCGAACCUCCAUACCGACCAAGGAUCACAUGACUGUCCCCUAUACGAAUACCAGAGGCAGCUGUGGUAACAUCUCCAUUGGCAAUAAGGAAGGACACAUUUACUACAAUCCAGUAGCGGAGAAAUCACCCCGCAGAAGAACAUUCGACGAGCAAGAGAUCUAUCCAGCGAGUGCGAAAGCCAAGUGGCUGCCAAUACUCUCCCGAAGCGGUCACUAUAGCUCGGAAUAUCCAAUAAUGGAAGACGAGAUCAGCCAAUUAAUGCCAGUAUUGCAGAUGCCACGAGCCCAAUCCUCGGGCCGUAGCUUGAGCGCAGACGUGAGUUUCUUCCAUCGCGAUUCGUCGUCGCGGUGGAACGAAAGAUGCCCGACUGCGCCAGAUCCAUCACGACUCGUCUCCUACCGAUGGAUGCCGGAAACUGGCGCUCGAUACAUCCCUUCGCCGGUGAGACGUACCAGCGAGGGUGACCGACCGAGGAUCAGUACCAAAUGGAUGAAUUACGCCAAAGGUACGACGCCCUCGCCGGUACAUCGCAAAUUUUCCGACUCGCGAGCUUCGGUCGGCGAAUUAACGGCGGCCAGCAGUGACAGCGCAGUCAAAGAGACAAGCUUUGAUCGCUGGCUGAAAGAGGAGCAGAGGAGACACGAAGAGGAGAAGAAGCAGGAACAGGAGCCGAGUCAACCGGUGAGGAAAAUUGACACACCGUCUGUGGCCGAUGGACAGCAGAAAUCUGGCUCACAAGGAGAGGAAGACAGCCUAUCGGCAGACAGCCGUAUAAAGCAGCGUCUGCGCGAGUUAUACGACUUCGAAAUCGAGACUGAGGUGCCGAAGCGAGUACGCAAUCCAUCUCGAGAGUCUAUCUGGACGAUAAACAAAAGCAACGGCGAGGAAGAUAAAACUCAGCAGCAACAGCAACAGCAAGAAUCUCAGCGAUCGGCAUCUCUGACGGUCCGUCAGAGUAGUCAAGAUAUGGAGUUCAACGAACACACUCACAAGAGAAGUAACGGCGAAAGCAGUAAUGCGUGGAAGACUACUGCCAGUGUGCGUAAAUUGCCCGAAAGAUCUGGCGUCAAACGCGACUCGAGUACCAGCGAUCAAGUGUUCGUGUCGGCCAAUCCUGAGCAACGUCCUGAACGCAAAGCAAAUGAUAAAAUGUACUACAGUGGUGCGAUUCACCGAAGUGGUGAAUCUAGAAAUACGCUUGUGCCAGCAGCACCGCGAAGAACCUACUCGGACGACUAUGAGAAUUCAUAUCGUAGAGAGUGCGACAAGGGUAGCUCGUCAGCAGCAGCUUACGAGAACAACGCUUACGCUAACAGUGCCAGCAGAUUGACCUAUGCACCAAACGCAUUGCUAGUGCGACAAUCUCGUAGCGUCGGUAAUCCGGGCGUAGGCAAUACGUCGUACUACAGUCCGCGGGUUGGUAAACGAGGCAGUAUCGAAUACAAAAGUAAUACCAAGGAAGUCGAAGUGUACCACAGAAGAGCUAUGAGUCAAUACGAUCCAAGACCUAGAAAGGUACCAAAUAGUCAUGAGACUAGGCCAAGGGUAACAAAUUUAGUGGAGACAAGCAGACCUCGUACACCGGUUCCGUCACCCGAAAUCGAAGAGAUCUACAGGGAUGUAGAUUAUAGGAUGUUCGCCAAGACUAGCGGCUUCGCCACUAGACCAAGGAGGAAUAGCACCAAUUACAAAGUUUAUCUCACCUAGCAGGACGCCACUGCCACAGCAUCAAAUUCGAUGUAUAUUUUGCCCUUGUAGGUUUGGUGUCGUUUACUUUGUGUAUACUCAUGACAUUUUUUAUCAUUUUCAAAGAUCAGUGAAGCGAAUGAACAAACAUGUUAUCUUUCGGUUGUUUAUUUAUAGCUAAUUGUAUUCAUUAUAUAUUAUUACAUCGAAAAAAAGCCACCAUAUUCAAUCAGCUUUGUUUUAUAAAUGAAGAAAUUUGAAAUUACGGCAGGUGAAUUGUAGCUACAAACUUACAAAUACUUAUUUCAAAAUAAAGGUAAUGAAUAUCUUAUAAACAAAACCCGUUGAUAAGAAGAUUGACGUAUAUGCUAAUAAUCAUUAAAACAAAAUAUAUGCUAUUCUGGUUCUACGUAUUAUAUUUUAAUAAAUUCUGUCGUUAUUUUUUAACAAAGUCAAACCUAUACAAUCAAUUAUAGAUGAAAAGUAUAUUAUAGCAUUUUAUCGUUAGUUAUAUAUCCACAUCUGUAAUGAAAAAAUAGUGAAAACAAUCAUCGUUUUAUAUAUGACUAAAAUCCACAACUUGAAUAGUCGAAAAUAAGAUAAAAAUGAAAUAAUAAGAUGUUCGAGGUGUAAGGUUUUAUCGUUCAAUCUAAUAGUAACUGAACGUCUGUACAUAAAAAAAUACAUGAAUAUUUAUGGAUAUUUGUUCGAAAACAAAAAAAAAACAAAGAAGUUUUAACUAUUAAAACAUAUCGUUUGCUGUAAAACUGUAUUUUGUUACUUAAAGGAUGAUACGUUUGCCGUUGUAUAAUAUUGAAAUAUAAAAAUAAAGUUUUAUUUCAAAAACUGU